AAACUCCGAAUUGUUCUCGAUCAAACCGUCUUUUCUGCUCAUUUUUCCACAUUUUGACCACCUAGUCGAAAUUCGCCACCUCUACUGCGAUACUUCUAGUACAAGUGUCACUGGUCGUGUAGUGAAUUUUAACCUUAUCUCGCAGGCAGCUAGUGUGAUCAAUCACGAGUUGUUGUAUUCAAUUAUCCAUUAUUAGCUACUAGCUAGCUAGUCCAACUAAUAGAGUGUUGCGCCGAACGAACACUACUGCUGCAGACGGUGAUCAGCUAGAGAGCGAGAGUAUGGCGACGCUGGCGCCGGCGCUGGUGCUCCUGCCGGAGUGGGGCUCCGGCCACCUCAUGUCCAUGCUCGAGUCCUGCAAGCGCGUGCUCCUCGCCGGCGCCGGCGGCGGCAGGGAGUUCUCCAUCACGCUGCUCGUCAUGCGCCCGCCCACCGACGAGGCGGGCUCCGAGGUCGAGGCGCACGUCCGCCGCGAGGCCGCGUCGGGCCUCGACAUCCGCUUCCACCGCCUCCCCGCCGUCGACCCGCCCGCCGACGCCGCCGGCGUGGAGGAGUUCAUCGCGCGGUACAUCCACCUGCACGCGCCGCACGUCAGGGACGCCGUCGCCGGGAUGGGGCGCCCCGUCGCCGCGCUCGUGCUCGACAUGUUCGCCGCGCCCAUGGUCGACGUGGCGCGCGACCUCGGCGUGCCGUCCUACGUCUUCAUGUCGUCCACCGGCGCCAUGCUCGCGCUCAUGCUGCACCUCCCAGUGCUCCACGACCGGGUCGCCGUGGAGUUCCACGAGGUGGACGGGGAGGUGGACGUGCCCGGCCUGCCGCCUCUGCCGCCGGCGUCCAUGCCGUGCCCGGUGGUGGACAAGAAGAGCCCCAACUACACGUGGUUCGUGCGCCUCGGCGACCGCUUCAUGGACGCCACGGGCAUCAUCGCGAACACCGCCGACGAGCUCGAGCCGGGGCCCCUCGCCGCCAUCGCGGACGGCCGGUGCGUGCCGGGGCGCGCCGCGCCGCCAGUGUACCCCAUCGGCCCCGUGCUCUCGCUCGGCGGCAACGACAAGAGGGACAGCUCCGAGCCGCCGCACGAGUGCAUCGCGUGGCUCGACGGGCAGCCGCCGGCGUCGGUGGUGUUCCUCUGCUUCGGGAGCAUGGGCUGGUUCGAGGCGGCGCAGGUGGUGGAGAUCACCGCCGCGCUGGAGCGUUCCGGCCACCGCUUCCUCUGGGUCCUGCGUGGCCCGCCGCCCGCCGCCGAGUCAGGCACCGGCGCGCCCGACGGGUCGGAGCACCCGACGGACGCGAACCUCGACGAGCUCCUCCCCGAGGGGUUCCUGGAGAGGACCAAGGGGAGGGGCAUGGUGUGGCCGACGUGGGCGCCGCAGAAGGAGAUCCUCGCCCACCCGGCCAUCGGCGGCUUCGUGACGCACGGCGGGUGGAACUCGGUGCUGGAGAGCCUGUGGCACGGCGUGCCGAUGGCGCCGUGGCCGCUGUACGCGGAGCAGCACCUGAACGCGUUCGAGCUGGUGCGCGACAUGGGCGUGGCCGUGCCGCUCGGGGUGGACAGGGAGCGGGACAACUUCGUGGAGGCGGCGGAGCUGGAGCGCGCGGUGAGGUCGCUGAUGGACGAUGCGUCGGAGGAGGGGAAGAAGGCGAGGGAGAAGGCGGCGGAGAUGAAGGCCGUGUGCCGGAGCGCCGUGGCGGCGGGCGGCGGCUCGUCGCACGCCGCGCUGCAGAGGCUCUCCGAGGCGCUGCACCAGGGCGCGGCGCUCCCGAAGAACUGAGCAUACGUGAAAAUUGUUGCACGUCACGUUUUCGAAGUCGAAGUAACAAGAGAUGAUGCCGCUUGUACUGUUUGUGCCAUAUGCGUGUCUUGUUUGCACUACAGUAACACUGAAAUGCAGUCUUGUACUCGGGUCAUUAUUAAUGAUGAUUUUCUAUGGACUUGACUCCUCUCA